AGAGGGGAAUGUGAAACCCUGCAACUCGUAUUUCUUCAAUUCUUCUAGGAGUCAGAAGAAAUUAAGUCAAAUGAAUUGGAUGCAAAACUCCGAGUAACUAAAGGAGAACUAGAGAAACAAAUUCAGGAGAAGUCUGAUCACCUGGAGGUGCAUCAUGCCAAAAUAAAAGAACUGGAAGACUUGAAGAGAACAUUUAAAGAAGGCAUGGAUGAGCUUCGAACACUGAGAACAAAGGUAAAGUGUCUGGAAGAUGAGCGUUUAAGAACAGAAGAUGAAUUAUCUAAGUAUAAAGAAAUCAUUAAUAGACAGAAAAGUGAAAUUCAGAAUUUGCUGGACAGAGUGAAAACUGUGGAUCGGCUGCAGGAUCAGCAUCAGAGAGAUGAACAAGAAAUCAGUGCUUUAAAGGAGGAAAUAGAUGGUUUCAAUUCUCUGAUUGCUGAUCUUCAGAAGGACAUUGAAGGUAGUCGGAAAAGAGAAUCCGAGCUAUUGAUAUUCACUGAAAAAUUAACCAGUAAGAAUGCACAGCUUCAGUCUGAAAACAAUUCCUUACAGAGCCAAGUGGAUAAGCUUUCUUACAGCGAAAGAGAGCUGCAGAAUCAGCUGGAAUGUGUUCAACAGGCUAAAGAUGAUCUGGCCACCAGGCUACAGAAGGAGGAGGAUCAGCGGAAGCUGGAGGUUGAGACAUUGCAGGCUCAGCUGGCUUUAGAGCAGGAAGAAUUAGCAGCACUGAGGACCCAUGUGGAUGAGCUGAAAGAUGAAUUGGCUACCCAGAAGCGCAAGCAUGCAGCAAACCUGAAAGAUCUUGCAAAACAACUUCAGCUAGCACGGAGGAAAUUGGAUCAGAUGGAAAAUGGUAAUUAUGACAAAGAAGUCAGCAGCAUGGGGAGCCGUUCCAGUUCAUCAGGGUCCCUGAAUGCACGCAGCAGCAAUGAGGAUCGGUCACCUGAGAAUACUGGUUCUGCAGUAGCUGUGGAUAGCUUCCCAGAGGUGGACAAGGCUGUCUUGGUUGAAAGGAUACUAAGGCUACAGAAGGCACAUGCUCGAAAGAAUGAGAAGAUGGAGUUUAUGGAGGAUCACAUUAAACAAUUGGUGGAGGAAAUCAGGAAAAAAACAAAGAUUAUUCAGAGCUAUAUCUUGCGGGAAGAAGCUGGAACACUGUCAUCAGAGGCCUCUGACUUCAACAAAGUACACUUGAGUAGACGGGGUGGGAUUAUGGCAUCUCUGUAUACAUCGCAUCCUGCGGAUAGUGGUCUCACCUUGGAACUCUCCUUAGAGAUAAACAGGAAGCUACAAGCUGUGUUAGAAGAUACAUUACUGAAAAAUAUCACAUUGAAAGAAAACCUUCAAACUCUUGGAACAGAAAUAGAACGGCUUAUUAAACACAAGCAUGAACUGGAACAGAGAAUAAAGCAGACAUAACUAAAACUUCUAUGGAAUAACUAACCCGAAGAUGCAGAAAAGGCAGGUGCUACAGACCACUCUUUUUUACAUUUUCCCUGGAAUUUGAUGGCCUGCCAGCACAAGCAUCUGCUAUUUUGCAUAUACAACCUUUAACCCUCCAGGCUAACUCAUGUGAGACAUCUACAGCGUUUGGCGUCAACGUGGUUCUGUCUCCCCAGUGCCAGCCUGAGGUGUGGCUGACUUUUACUACACACUACAUUUAUCUGAACCUUUUCUUUGAAAUGACAUAC